ACCUCAUCUUCGACUUUCUCAAGCCCAUUCAUCCUAGGAUAUAUAUGGUGCUUUCUCUCACCAUUCUCAGCUCACCGUUGAGCGACGCUAUCGUCACCCCACGAGCCGCAAGUUCUUGCUCAAUAGGGGACCUUCGAGUCGCCUAAGGUCCAUCGCGGAGGCAUAUAUUUACAUCCCAAGACUGCCAAGCAUGGUUGCCGCCGUUGCGACCUAUCUGAUACACGGCCUACUCAAGCGUCAGGAUGAUGAAGUCGACGACCGAGAAAAACCUGGAUCUGCCCAAAGGGAGAUAUCUAUGUCAUGGGCCCUAUUCAUCCUCAUAAGCCUCCUCAUCAUCGCCUUGUUUACGUCAUACCUGCUUCAAACCCGAAAGGUGCAAGCUGUCCACGAAACUGUCAUAUCGAUUUUUGGUGGAAUGACUGUGGGGUUGAUCCUGAGAAUCACCACCGGGACAUCGAUACAGAACCUCGUUACCUUUGACUAUCUAUUAUUCUUCAACCUGCUCCUGCCGCCUAUUAUCCUUGCGUCGGGAUAUGAGCUACACCAAGCCAACUUCUUCCGGAAUAUAGGCACCAUCUUGACUUUUGCAUUUGCUGGGACCUUCAUCUCAGCCGUUGUUCUCGGGUCAAUUCUCUGGCUAUAUACCAGGAUACCAUUGGAGGGCUUUGAUAUAUCCUUCCUGGAGGCCAUAUCUGUCGGGGCUACACUAUCUGCCACUGAUCCAGUCACCAUCCUUGCCAUCUUCAACACCUACAAAGUUGAUCCGAAACUUUAUACCAUCAUUUUUGGCGAGUCCAUAUUGAACGAUGCUAUUGCAAUUGUCUUGUUUGAGACAGCUCAGAGGUAUGAGGAGGUCGGCCAAAAAGUUACUUUGGGACCCCUUAAUCUCAUCGAGGGUAUUGGAAUUUUCUUGGCCGUUUUCUUUGGCAGCCUCCUAAUAGGGGUUUUCAUUGGGGUUGCUACUGCUCUGGUGCUGAAGCAUACCUACGUGCGGCGCUUCCCCAAGAUUGAGUCUUGCUUAAUUUUUCUGAUUGCCUAUGCGAGCUACUUCCUUUCCAAUGGCCUCCAUAUGUCUGGCAUCGUGAGUCUGUUAUUCUGUGGCAUAACUCUAAAGCACUAUGCCUACUACAAUAUGUCGCGCCGCACACAGCUCAGCACCAAGUACAUCUUUUCCGUGCUGGCACAAUUGUCAGAGAAUUUUAUCUUCAUCUAUCUCGGUAUUACCCUAUUUACGGAACCUUCGUUGCAGUUUAAGCCUCUGUUUAUUAUCGUCACCGUCUUCGGCAUCUGCAUCGCGCGAUGGGCCGCUGUCUUUCCACUAUCAAGGCUCAUCAACUGGUUCAUCCGCUACCGAGCCCGUCGCCGCGGCAGAAUGGACGCACCUGAUGAGCUGCCCUACAACUACCAAACCAUGCUCUUCUGGGCCGGCCUCCGCGGCGCAGUCGGUGUCGCCCUCGCCGCCGGCCUAACUGGCGAAAACGCAUCCGCCCUCAAGACCACCGUCCUCGUCGUUGUCGUCCUAACCGUGAUCAUCUUCGGUGGCACCACAGCGCGCAUGCUCGAGAUCCUGGGCAUCCGCACCGGCGUCGUCGACGAGAUUGACAGUGAUGACGAAUUCGACAUUGAAGCCGUCACUGGCGGCUCCGGCCCCUAUUUCGCCCGAGGUGGUGGCAGCGCGAUCGGGAACUUCCCCAAGCGUCGCUCCAGCGUGCAGCUCGACAAUGUCGGUCGCCCCGCGAACGGUGCUUCGAGGCGCAUCUACGCGUCUGGUAACUCGAGCCCGGCAGCCCGUGAGCAAAGCCUCGGCAGGGCCAACUCAGCCUUAGGAGGCAGCAUCGGGCGCCACGGCUCUGACCAGGAACUGUUGCGCGCCCCGCCGUCCGACGACGAGGAGAGCGACUCGGAUCUUCCUCCCGCAGCGCGACGGGCGGCGCGGCCGGAAGGCCCGUCGAGCGCGUUGGAGGGUUUGGGGCUUCUUAAUCCAGAAAUCUAUCCUACAAGCGGAUCAACGGCGGAGCGUACGCCGAGCGCGGGGUUCGUGGCGGGGCUGAGCAACACGGUCACGGGUGCAGGUGCGGCUAUGAGUAGUUUGCUGAGCGGGACGACGGAAGAUCAUGCGGCGUGGUUUAAGCAGCUGGAUGAGGGCUUUAUUAAGCCGAAGUUGCUGUUGGAUGGGGGGAAGCCGGGGAAUGGUAGUGGGAGCGGUGGUGCGUAGGGGGCGAUGCGGUUGUUGGGAAAUAAUGUUGUAGUCUACUGUUGGCUUUAGUGUUGUUUCUGGAGACUGGUGAUACCUUUGUUUUAGUGGCCGCUGGCGGAUGAAGGAGAGAGGUGUGCUGUAUGAUACUGAUGAGCAUAGCUGGCGUUUGGUAGAUGGUUACUGCCAGCUGAUGGCCUGGGUGCGUGAAUUUUCUUCGUAGCCUUGGUAUUCAUGUCAUGUACACAUCUAUAUACUUUUGUUACUAUAUACACCUUUUCUGGAAACGUCUUGGC